AUGGCCCCAGCGGAAGUUAAAAGGGAAGGUGAUGAUUAUGACAUUCCAAAUGAAGUAGAUGCCAUUCGUUUGAUGAAUGAAAGUCGGUCAGAACCUUAUCAUGGUUGCGAAGCUGGUCCGAGCAAUGAAGAAGCAACCAAUAUGAACGUUGAAGAUGGCGGAACCGAUGUGAAAAAGAAAUGGUUGACGAUGCUUAUCGCAAUGACAUGGUUGGUGAUGUUGAACGUGCUAUUCUGGAACAGAAAUUUGAUUCGGUCGAAGAUGGAGAAGCUUUCUACAAUGCAUGCUGGUGAAGGGGGAAAGUAUGUUGUGACUCACUUCGUCGCAGACCACAACCAUGAAUUGGAGGAACAACACUGUGUGAUGUAUCUGAGGUCACAUCGUAGUUUAAAUAGCGUUGACAAAGCUCAAGCAAUGGCGAUGUGCAACGUCGGUGUGAAGACUAGCCAAAUCAUGGACUAUAUGGUAAAUCAAUAUGGGUUUUAUGAGAAUGUUUGUUUCAUCCGUACGGAUCUGCACAACCAUAUUCAAGCCAAACGUAGAGCAGAAGUUGAGGAUGGUGAUGCGCAGGGUGCAUUGGUUUACCUAUGUGCAAAACUUGAUGUUGAUGCACAUUCGAAAUCGCGGGCCGACUACGCAAAGUUUGGUGAUGUGUUGAUAUUUGACUCAACUUACAGAACCAAUGCAUACAAGAAACCUUUUGUCAUGUUAGCUGGUGUGACUAGCCACUUUAGGACCGCGAUAUUUGCAUGUGUUUUGCUAGCUAAUGAGACAAUUGAUACAUACACAUGGGUUUUAGAAACAUUUACGGAGGCGAUGGGCAAUAAAGCACCCAUGUCCGUACUGACAGAAAGGGAUAAGAUGAUGUGA